AUGGCCACCAAGAUGAAGGGCUUCUUCAAGGGCUUCAAGUACUUCUCCCAAAUAUUUGGUAAAGGCAUGCUUCUGAUCUGACUUCUUUCUCUCUCGCUCUCUCGCUCUCUCUCUCUCUUUCAUGAUGAAACGAGCUGUGGUGCUCCCAUCUUCUUCCUCCGCCUCAGCCUACAAGGAACAUGAGAUGGAGAUUGGGUACCCGACGGACGUCAGACACGUGACCCACAUCGGCUGGAACAGCUCGCCGGCGAACGCUCCUAGCUGGGUCCGUGCGCUAGUUUUCCACCUUUUUCCGGCGGACUCCGGUAUUUUCCCGAAUUCCCAUCUUCCGUUUGGACGCCGCACCUCACGGUCUUCUUUGGCCGCCUGCAGAUGAAUGAGUUUAAGACGGCGUCGGACUUCUCGGUGGCCUCUCUCGGCGGCGACGGACCGGCGACGGAGCUCUCCUGGGCCUCGUCCCUAGGUAAUAUUGCAUUUGAAUCACUUUGAAAGCAUAACCUUUCCUUUCCACACAAUGAUUUACUAUAUCUCGCUUCAUGCACCUACUUUCAAUGUUUCCCUUCAGUAAUGGAUUUUGAUCUCCAAAUUCCCAGCUAGAUCUUCGGUCUUUUGGAAGUACAAAAGUAAUUUGUUUAACGUUUAUAAUAACGCGGCAGCGAUAAAUUCACCGAUCCUCCCCGGUAAUGGCACUGUUCCUGAGUAAGAAUACGCCAUCAUCAACCACCAGUCGCCGGGUUAGGGUUUUGCUAGCACUCGAGGCCUCUCGUGAUCCCCUCCCUCCCCCCCUCACGAGGGCAUUCUUCGCCGGCGGGCCACCCCCCUUCCCUCCCGGUGAACAGCCCGGCUGCGGCCGGAGGCGCCCCGUGAGCGAUCUUGUCGUAUCGAAGGCCGCCGGAGAGGUGAGCACGACGGCGGAGCCACCGCCAAUCACCCAUGUGGUAAAGGCCUGAUCUUCCAGGAUCGUCUGUCUCCUUCUCUGUAGCAUAUGCGCGAAAAGGCCCUCAGCUGGUUUCGACCACGUGGAGGGGCCGAUCCCACUUGAUUCCAUGCGCGGAUGAGGAGGAUAAAUGUUCCGAUGCCUGUCGACAGCUUCCGCAUUAGAUGUUUGACAGAAUGAUUCUGACGCCAGUCCACUUCCCUGUGUGCUGUCUCUUCAGAGGACUACGAGCCCCCCGGCGGCCUCCACCAUCGUUCCGCUUCGCUGAGGGGAGCAAAGAAGGGUAAGAAGAAGAAGCCCAAGCAGACGUCGCCGUCGUCAUCCCCAACCUCGAGGAGGUCAUUUGCCGCCUCUCAAGGCGGUGCCGGGGAUUUUUCUGGCCGCCGUCUCGCCAUCUGA